CCAAACUGAAAUAGGCAAAAUGGAUGAAGUAUACCAGAUCUCUUCUACUGGCAAGUCCAGCAGCUGGAACAAGAACUAGCAGCACAGCUGGCAGAGCCAAAGGCAGAAAUAGAAUACAACUGGAUACUCCAGGGAAUACCAAGUUGGGCAUACAGUUCUGUUCCAGUUCCAAAGGAUGCUUCUUAUUUCAGAAAAGAAAGGGAGUGAAUACUAAAGAAAUGCUUACAGGUUUUUUAAAGACAGAAUUACUCAGCUAGUCCAGAGUAAAUAUUUGCACAUGCUUAGGUGGAAGAGAUUUUGUACACACAGCAGCAUUGUUGAACAGUUUCAUCCUCUCUAUCAGAAGCAAAUUAGUCACAUCAUGGAAGAGUAAAACGAUGCAGCCCGGUGGCAAGGAAAAGUUUCCUGGCAGGAAAGAAAAAUCCGGUGAAUGCAGUGACACGGGAAGGUCGGAUGAUUUGCACUUGGUGGUUCGUGUGUCACCUAUGCUCUCUGGAGGGUGUUCACCAUUUUCUCUGGGUUCUCCAGCAGUUGCCUAUUUCCCACAGAAUAAAUGUGGCUGAUGAGAAAUGUCCUUAUGUGGUCCAAGACAACUGCGUCAAAUUAAGAAAUGCUUUUGACAGAAAUUCAGAUUAAGCCUAAAGUGGAUCCCUGGCAGCAAAAGCUUUUGAUGAAACUGAAACAAUGGGAAAAAGUGGAUAAGCUGAUGGACCUUCCUUCAAAAUUUGUAGAGGUCUCAGACAUGGAGAGGGUGAUGGAAGGUCUGCAGGAACACGUGGCAGUGCUGUUCGAGCCACAUCCUGCACAGUCAAGUUGUGCAGCUUCUGCUCAUGCCUCAGGACACCAGAGCUACGAUCAAGUCUGGAAGGAGAUCUAUGAGCUCUACCAGGUAUCUCUUUGAUGAAGAUGGACUUUGAUUCCCUAGUUCUUUAUUGUCCUCCUGACUCAGAAGCUGCUGCUUUGACAAGUAUAAAAGCAAGUUCCUGUAUCUGCAUCCUCAUGUUUCAUUUGGCUCCCUCUGCCCAUGUCCACCUGCCUGCACCAGUGGGCUCUGGGGCGAGCGUGCCUGGGGAUCCUGAACUACUUCAGGUCUGUGGAGAGAAGCCUGACCAUCAGUACCGCUGGCCUCUCCUUCAAGGCUGGUCACCUAAUUCCCAGUGCAGAAGACACCUUGGUCUGCUGCCAAAGGAAGCACUGGUGCCUUCAAUGCCCUGAGUUCACAGCUGUAUAUUCACUACACACCAGCGGACUACAAGCACAGGACCACAGCACUCAAUUCACAGAGUUUGCAGAGGUGAAAAACCAUGAUGACUUUUACACUAGUGAAGAAGGAUAUAUUCAUACACAGGACCAGCGAGGGGUUUACAUAAUAUAUGAUGUGGCUUUAGAGGACCUGAAGGAGCUCGAGAACCAGCUGCUGCUUGUGGCCAGCCAGUACAUUAAGAAAGAUAACAGCAAUGUAACUUGUGAGCAAUUCAGUGGCAGCAAGAUCCUUGGCUGGGCAUAUGCCUCUGUGGAUGGAUGUGCUGUGCUGCUUGACCUCUGGACCUGUGAAACUGCCCUCUUGGGAAAAAAAUGCCAGGCCUUCCGUAUAAGGAAACUUGCUUUCUUUUUGGAAGAAAAACUCCCACUUCUAGACAUUUACUUUGAAGUUAACUAACAUGCUUUGGACCCAGAGGAAAGAUUUACUUUGGACCAAGCCAUAGUUGACAUGCAUAAACAACCAUGGUUUGAUCUCAAACUUGAAUAUUUUGUCAACCCCUACAAACAUGAAUGCAUCUGUUUACAACUUCAACUGCUGAGGGACAUAGAAAACCAACAAAACAUUUAUUUGCUGGAGUUUCACUCUUCUCUUGCUCUGGUGUGCUUGAUCACCAAAGCUCUUGAGUAUCUCUACCAGGAAUUCUACAGCAUCUGCAGACCAAAACCAGCCAGUAAAGCAAGUGAUCUAGAAAAACAAGUACUUCAGUUAGUAGUUGAUGAGUGGCUAACUAUGGAAAACCCAGAAACUUUUUAUAACUCUCAGAUUCAAAAGGGAUUAUUUGCCAAGGUACUGAUAGAAGACCCUGUGCUGGUGCAAGAGAUUGCUCUGUCGUUGUUAGAGGUGGGCACAGAUGAAUCAAAAAAGAUAAGCAGAGAAAAGCAGCUCUUUAUCCUGGAUUUCUUCUCCACACUCCUGGAGCGUGCCACACUCUGCCAUCAGCUAAUAGAGGUGGCAACAGAAAGUGCGCAGUUGGCCAGGUUGUAUAAGGAUUUUGCAACGGUAGCAGGAUUUGAAGAGUCCCAUUAGUACCUGAGGCCUGAACUCUUCGAAUCUGCAUGCAACAGGAAGAAAGCAGACCACCUCCCAUCAUUAUUCAUUACAUCUCUCCUGGAAGAUGACAGCUGUGGAAAGAAAUUGAAAGUACUUCUGAAUUUAUCACUAUUUUCCUUUGGUUUCUUUCUGUGCCAUACUCCAUGUUUAUACAUAAUUUUGCCUUUAUUGCUGAUAUAUAUUCCAUCUGGCUUACCAUUAAGCAUUCAAGAAAUCAACAGUCAUAUUGGAAAGUUUAGUUUCUGUACAAUAGAUAGUGUUAUGCAGCUCUUGAGUCCAUCUGGGAUAAGGAACAUGCAACUUAUCCUGGCCUGUCAGGUCAUUCAGAAAAACGCUCUUCUGGCAGCUGCUCAGCAAGCCUCCCUUUGUUACUUGGUCCAGCCUCCCCAUACCCUGGACAUCAAGGUCUCCAGAAGCUUUCAUUUCUAUUCAGCUGGAGAAAUGGGGACCUCGAGAAUAGGAUGCUGGACAUGUUCAGUCAAACGAGAGAAGCACUGCAAAACCCUGUAAAGUACGUCAGCAUUUUUGAGAGGAACUGUUGGAUUUUGGCUGAAUCAGCAUGUGUCCCAGCAUGCCCUGAGAGGUCAGCUCAUUGGGUACUACAAUAGUCUAAGAAGCCUCUUAGAUGAUUUCCCUGCCAUCAGAGACAAGUAAUUCAUUGGACUACCUCAAGGGAAAAAAGAGGAGCAAGACUUAAAAAAAAACCUUGCAGCUGAUCCCAGAUCCUUCCAUUGUCGACCAUGCUCUUUGCUGUCUCCAGAUGGACACACCUUCCUUAACUUGUGGUUCAUCCCUCACCCUACUGAAGGGCUGAUCAUGUUCAAAAUGCUUCCAGAGAAGGGGAAAGAGGAAAAAUGGAGAAAGUCAUGAAGUCCAAAACUCCUGGAGGAAAAAAGAGCUUACUGAACUGAGAGAUUUUUAAGUGCAUCUCCUGAAGCCUUAUCUGAUAAACUUACUGUUCUUGGGACUCCAGGGACUGAACUUCAAGAGAUACAGAAAACGAUUGACAGCCUCCAGAAUCCACUGGAUCCCUAUGAAGUACCCCAGCUGCUCGCUACUCACAGAGAAGUGAUCUUUCUACAGUUCGAUGCAGCAUUCAGACAUUGACUACGAGGACAUUUUUGUCCUUGGGGAAUGUUUCAGCCUACCAGAGUGUUACAGGCAGGGUAUACCUCCACUGAGUAACUCCACAAUUCAGAAUGCAUUUGCUUCACAGCUACGGCCCCCACAGCUUCUGCAUCCUCAAAGCUCCAAGACACUCGUGCAUUUUCCUUGGAGGACAUUCCUAAUGGAUGGAGGAUUGUUUCCAGUCACUAUCAACAACACAAUUAAUAUAAAUUACAACAUGCAGCUGUGCCGGUGCAGCCUGAGUGGUGCAGAUGGAAGAGCUGCUCACGUGGAGACGGUGGCAAUGCAGUUUCUGGUGGAGGAUGUACUGCAGAACAGCUACGGCUCUGCUGGGGAAGAUCACGCGGACUGUCAAGCCUCGUUAGCUAAGAGCAAGUCCCAAAGAAACUGACAACUCAGUUUCUUUGGGACUGCACAGCUUCUGUGUAGGGCUCCUGAUAGUUUUUGCAACUGUGCACUCUGUGCACAUAAGCAACCUAGACCUGAGGUACGCUGUAACAACCUCACCUACUCCUGGCCAUCUGGUAAGAAGCAAAGGGGUCUCCUGUAAAUCCUGAGUGCUCUCAAGAGAAGCCCCAGAUAGAUCCCUAGAGAGACGUGCCCCUUGAGGGCCUGUUGGUAUCACCAGACCUCUGGAGAAAACAGACUGUCCUGACUUCUCCCCGCACACCACUGAAGGUCCAGCUCUUUCUUUAUCAAGAGCUGCUCAGUGCAAAGGAGAAAGGAACAGCCUGGCCACUGUCUAAAACCAAACCCAGUCAAGGAUAAGCAAGGCUCUUCCAGGCUGUACUUGCAUUGUGGCUGUGGCUGUGAGGAAUGGUUGCUGGGGGCACCUAAAACCUGACAGAAAAAAGAUUUGGUUCAAGGAACGAGGAGGGAUUCAAACUGUUUGUGGUGGAAAACAGAUAGACUGACUGAUUUGCAAGGUCAAAUGGAUGGAAAGGACAAAGUUAGUUAUUUUAAUGUCUGCUUCCCUCAAGAUCUGAGCUAAGAGUUUGAUUUCUGUAACAGUACUUUAGUUAGAGACCAAGCAGAAAGUGUUGCUGUUAAAAGCGAUUCACUUGGGGAAAGCAGCAAUAAAACAAAGAAUUUAACUGCUGUGUGAUUUUAUCCUCAUCUCUGCUGUGUGUGAGUACUCACCACGAUCAAAAACCAGCCUGGGAUUUCCCUGUACCCUGCUCUGAAGAACACUGGUGUAAGGACCCAUUGCAAGUUCUGAUUGUGAAAUAGCCUGUCACAAGUCUUUUCCCAUUGUAUAUUGGGAAGAAAAGCAUGUGAAAAGUUUGCCAUAGCUUUUUGAAGCAAAACAUUUCCCUGUGACUUCCAGCAGAACUUGGCAGAAAUGGUUGACUUAAGUGCAGACUGGUUGCAGAACAGCAAAAAGACAUGCAAACUUCUGCUGAGGCAUCACAGUCCGGUCACCACGUAACUUGCUGAGAUCUUUUCUGGUAUUCUGGAAGCAACUAGAAGUAUUAAAGGCAGAAUGGGGCCAACUGAAGCUGAAGCAAGGCUAUCAAUAGUUCCUCUCUACAAAGAGUUUUGUGAGCAA